UACUACUACUACUUCUUCUUCUUCUACUUCUCUCCAUUUCUCGUUUCUCGGUCCAUUCCUUCACGAAUAUCAAGAUCCUUCUCAUUUAUUCUUCUUCCCACUUCUCCUUCUCCCCCCCCCCCCCUUUUUUUUUCCCCUCAAUUACCCUCUUUCCCCUUUGGAUUUAACUCCCUUCUCCCCUUUCCCCUUUGCUUUGAGAGAGAAGAAAGGUAUUUGAUUAUUGCUUCCCCACAAAUCGAUCAUUCAGAUUCAUCUCCGCACUUCCUCCGAUUUCUUUGUUUCACACAAACAAAUCUUUCUUGGUUCGCUCCUUGUAACAUAUUUUCUUGAUUGCAUCAAAGGGCAAGUUUCAAUUUUUGAUCCCGGUUUCGAUUUUGAUGAUUAUGUAGUAUGAGGUAUGUUUCUUGGAGACGGAACAAGGCACAUUGCCUAGGGCUUAAAAGGUUGGUUUGUUGAGGUUAGGUUUCAUGGGUUGAACACAAGGAACCAUGGUUAGCUUAAACCAGGACGAAGAGGAAUAUCGAUUUUUUGAUGCCCAAGAUAACAUUGCAUCCGUGUCUGAUUCAGUUUCUAAAAUUCACGACACUCCUACUCCUGCUUCUAACCAUGAUUCGGAAUAUGAUGUUUGGGUCAGGACUCCAACAAGUGUUCAAGAUCGGAAAAACCAGUUCCUUAAACAUAUGAGUUUGAGUUUAAGCUUGGAUGAUGAAAUUCAAUCAGACGAAUCAGGGGGAUUUGAUAAAAGGAUGAUGGAGGCUAGUGAUGCUGUGUUGAGAAGCCCUAUUUACGAAGAAAUGUCCUCAAGUACUUCCUCUGUUUCCGAUUCGUCAAGAAUUCUCGAUUCUAGAGAGGAUUUCGUUUGUAGAGGUAAAAAAUUUAAUUGCGGUAAAUCAUGUAAAGAAGAAGAAGAAGAAGAGGGGGGAUGUAAAGAGAGUGAUUCGCCUCCUUUGGUUCAGAAACUUGUAGAGAGACAAAUCAAGGUUGCUGGCACAAUGGCUAGAACGAUGAACAGAGUAAAAAGUCAAUGGUUGAGUAGAUUACGGUCAAUGACAUGUGUUGUCGAUCCCCAUGGAAGUGGAAAUGGAAGAUGUGAUGCCGAUGGUCAGGUUCGCAGAACCAGGGUUGAACGAGUGAGAGUCCGCCAAAACAAGAAACGAUUGAAAGAACUGUCGGCUGUUUUCAUCGGGCAAGAUAUUCAUGCGCAUCAAGGUUCGAUUUUGACCAUGAAAUUUAGUCAAGACGGGCGUUAUCUUGCUACCGCUGGAGAAGAUGGGGUUGUUAGGGUUUGGCAGGUUGUGGAAGACGAUAGAUCAAAUGACAUCGACAUUCCCGAUAUCGACCCUUCCUGCUUAUACUUCACCAUGAAUCAUCUUUCUGAAUUAGCGCCUUUAAUGGCCGAAAAACAGAAGAUGAGUAUGCUCAAGAAUCUGAGAAGAAGUCCGGAUUCUGCUUGUGUUAUUGUUCCCCCAAAAGUGUUCCGGAUACUAGAGAAGCCCGUUCAUGAGUUCCACGGCCACAAUGGCGAGGUCUUGGAUCUUUCAUGGUCAAACGAUAACCUUCUUCUAUCUUCAUCUGUUGAUGAGAGUGUUCGUUUGUGGAGAGUUGGGAUGGAUGAAUGCCUGAAAAUGUUUCCACACAGUAACUACGUGACGUGUGUUCAGUUCAACCCUGUGGAUGAAAGUCAUUUUAUAAGCGGGUCAAUUGAUGGAAAGGUUCGGAUAUGGUCAAUCGGGUCUUCCCAGGUUGUAGAUUGGACAGACAUACGAGAAAUAAUCACUGCGGUCACCUACAAUCCUGAUGGCAAGGGUGGAAUUAUUGGAUCCAUGACAGGCUGUUGCCGCCUUUUCACUUUGUCAGAUAAUCACUUCCAACUUGAGGCGUCGGUUUGCUUAAAUAGUAAAAAGAAGUCGGGUUGCAAACGGAUAAUUGGGUUUCAGUUCUGUCCACAAGAUUCAACCAAAGUAAUGGUGACUUGUGCGGAUUCCCAUGUCAGAAUUCUUGACGGGACCAACGUCAUUGGCAAAUACAAGGGUCAACGAAAUGCUGGAAACCAAUUCUGUGCAUCAUUCACAUCAGAUGGGAAACACAUAGUGUCAGCAUGCGAGGAUUCCAAUAUAUAUGUCUGGAACAACAACUGCAACCCGCAAGAAGAACAACAAAAGACGGUUAAGUCGUUUGAGUGCUUUUCGAGCGAUGCCUCGGUUGUGUUGCCAUGGUCGGGUCUGAAAGUGAGCAGUAGAAGCUCAUUGUUGCCAUUUUCUUCACCGAGUUACUUCUCACUGGGUCACGAGUUCUUUCUAGAAUCGAUUCCAAAAGGAUCCGCAACUUGGCCUGAAGAAAAGCUUCCAACUUCCAAUCAACCUUCUGCUGCUGGUUUAUGUAAAUCUCAAUACAAGUUUUUCAAAUCUUCUUGCCAGAGCUCUGUUGGGUGUCAUGCAUGGGGUCUGGUUAUUGUUACAGCAGGCUGGGAUGGCCAUAUCAGAUCAUUUCUCAACUAUGGCUUACCAGUAACCCUUUGAAAUUUAUUUUUUUUAUUGAGGGGGGAUAGGAUAUAGGAUAUAUGUCCGGUGGCCCAGGAAGGAAGAAAGUGAGUGAUCUGACGGGUGGUUGGGUGGGGGUGGAUAUGGUCUGUUUGUGGGACCCGACUGGUGCUGGGGCUGGCGCUGGCGCUCACCUCUUCCAUUUGUUGUUUAAAAAUGGGAUGAAGAAGAUUCAAGAGUGUUUGAAGGGAAAGGAAGGGAAAGGGGUGGUUGUGUUUAUGGUUUCAUUUUAGGGGGGUGUUAAAUUUAAAAAGGGAAGUCCCUCCCAUUUAUGGUAUGGUGUUUUGGGGAGUUGCGAUUGAUUGAUUGAGUUUUGUCUGCCAUUUUUGUACAACCUGGAAGUGGGCUCCAAAAACUUAAUUUUUCAAGAUAUGGGCAGCAAAGGCCAUUUUCUGUGCUCUUAUUAUUAUUAUUAUUAUUAUUAUGGCUCUGGCUCUGGCUCUGGCUCUGGCCCUUUCAGUUUUAAUUUUUCUUUUAUUUGGUUCUUGAUAAGGUUACAGCCAAAUGCCAAAUUCCAAAAACCAACCUCUUUCUUUCAUUAUCUUGGUACAAAGUUGAAUUCUUUUUCUUCCACACUGACAUAUGCUAUAGCGCCAAAGGGGUAAUACCGUCUUUUCAGUUACCUAACCAACUUGAAAGGCCAUUAUUGUGCUCAUCAUCUAGUCAUUAUUAUUAUUAUUAUUAUUCUGUCUUUUUGAGUUAUUUAUCAGGGACAGGGAUGCCUUAUUUUUGUUAUAGUGAUGUAUAUAAUUUGACCAUGUAUUUAAAUUUUAAUGGCUUCUUUACGUCA